ACUCUUUCUAUCGACACUGGACUCGAAAAUUACACCUUUUUCAUGGACCCUCUUAAGUUUUUUCUCUGUUCUCUCUGUCUUCUUCUUUCUCCUGCUUCAGUGUUUCUUCCUUAUUCUUUGACGACACCUUUUUCAUGGACCCUCUUAAGUUUUUUCUCUGUUCUCUCUGUUUUCUUCUUUCUCCUGCUUCAGUGUUUCUUCCUUAUUCUUUGACGCCUUACUGGUAAGUGAAGUAACCCGGGAGAGAACAAACAACAUAGAGACUCAUCUCUCCGAGGUCUACUUCGCAACGAUCCUAAACCAUCCCUGACUUAACAAAUCUGAAGCUUUCAAAUUUUGUAUCUCUAUAGCGCCGGCGAGUGGAGGAAAAGCGUGUAUAGAGAGAGAGAGAGAGAGAGCAUGCAGAGAAGAAACUCUGAUAACAUUGUGGUGACGGUUGAUCAAGAAAGAAAGAAGAGCAAGAGCAAGAAGAAUGGCAAGGUGGAUUUGGAAAACAUACCAGAGGAAAUCAUCUUCGGCAUCCUGGCAAACAUCCCAGCUCAUAACCUCUACGAGUUCAGGCCGGUAUGCAAGCUCUGGUUUAAGCUUAUUACAGAUCCCAAUUUCAUCCGUCAACAUCUCUCUCGCUCUGAACCUGGUUUACUUGUUCAAUGCCAUGUUCCGAGGUUCAGAACCAUCUUUUUGGAGAUGAAAGGAGAGAGGUUAAGAGUUCGUUAUUUGAAUCUUGAACCCCCGUUUAAGACUCGAAUCCAUGCCAGUUGCAAUGGUUUAAUCUUGUUGGAGUUGGAGGGUGCCAAUGAAACUGGAGGAUUGUUCGUCGCUAACCCUGUGACCAAACAAUGCAUCAAACUCCCUCCUAGAAGUAGUACAUCAUAUUCUUAUUCCUAUGAAUUUGCAUUUCAUCCUGCCACAAAGGAGUACAAGGUCUUAACCCUUACUGAACAAGGAGAUAACUGCAUUUGUGAAAUACUUAGCCUAGGUUCUGAUACAUGGAGACCUGUUUUUGUUCCUCAGGAAUUUCGGGUAUACAAUUCAAUCUAUGUUGCUACUAAACGGUUCCUAAAUAACGUAGCGGGCUUUCAUGAAGAUGAGGAGGCCUUUGAUGAAGAUGAGGAAUACAUGUAUUCUAUGGACAUGGUUCAUGAGACGUUUCACAUGACACGGCUCCCUGUAUCUGCAUAUGGAAGAGAAGAUGGGCUGUUUGAAUUGGGGGAUGUCCUAGCAUUAACGACUCGAAUUGAAAGGACGUCGCGUUAUGAUAUAUGGGUUUUGAAGGAUUUUCACAAGGGAGAUUGGGUUAAACAAUACAGUGUUGUCCUUGAAGGUGUUCAAUUUGCUUACAAGCAUGAUUAUAAUGCGCUGAAACCAGUUGGUAGCUUGAGAAAAGGCAAGGUGAUAAUCUUUCAGGAGCAUAUAUACUUCUAUGCAGCUGAUGUUGAAGUGGGUAAAGAGGAUCUGGAAACUCCGGGCUCAUGAAGUUCUACCACAUGUAAACAGUCUCAUUUCCUGCAAUGCAUUUUAGAACCAUGUUUUGAGAUCUCUCUCUCGGUCUCCCAACGUUAUGGCUGGGGCUUAAAUGUUGCUACCGGGUAUGUCAUGUGCAAAAAAACAAGAGGACAUCAUUCACCAAGUGCCAGAUAGUAUCUGAUCUUUUCCAUCUAUUUUUUCUGCUAAAGCUGUGGGAGCAAAACUGAAGGCUAUACAUUAUACUUCUUGUUUGGCCAGUGGAAUCCGGAUUUCCUCCUCACACCCACCUCAGAGCGCUUGCAGCCGUGCAUUGAGACCAUCUCACCAUGAAUGAAAACAUACAAGUAAGGGAGAUGUUUCUGACGUGUGGCUGGCUGCAACAUGCUGUGAGGAGGAAAUGAAACUCUAGCCAGAGAUCAUGGGUUUCAGUCUGUUAUAAUCAAAUCUGAUUCUCUUAUGGCUGUCCAAGCCAUUAAAGGAAUUAAAGGAUUUAUUUCGUGGCAAUAUGAAAAUACUUUGGAUUCAGUUAAUACUUUAUCUAUAGAAUUUUUUUGGAAGUUAAGUUUGUAUAUGUUAACAUGGAUUUGAACAGGGAUAACAUUUAGUUGCUUAUCAGGUCAAAAUUUCUGAAGUUAUGAUGUUCUGGUGGAAUGACCCACCUGUUUGGAUUGUAAAUGUUUUGACAUGU